AUGCAAAAUAAGCUAAACUUAGACUUGGAAGAAUUACUCACAUUUUUUCGUCACCACCAACAACAACCGACAGAACAAAAAUUACCUUCAUCCUCUACUUAUUAUUUACCCAAACAAAAAUAUUCUUCAACAUCUUUAAAUUUACAAAGAAUUUCCCAAAAUAUUUGUAGAAGUGAAUCAACAACACCUGAGGCAGAUGAAAGGGAGCAGGAGGAGGAGGAAGUUGAAGUUGGUGGUAAUGGGGGAGUUGGGAGGAGGAAAUCAACAAAUAUUGCAAUAAAUAAGAACAAUUCCAUUUCUCAAAGAAAAGAACAAACAAUUAGAGAAAGUCCAGAAAGCAAUGAAGAUACUCAACAACAACAACUGCCUUGUUCUUCAUCAUCAACUAUACAACAACAAAAACAACAAUUGAGAAAACAACAAAAAAUAAAUUUAAAGCCAAAUACCUCCGAAAAUGAAGAUUUUUUAUUUUUAAAUAAUAAAACGGGGAAAGUUGAAGAAAUUAAAAAUCAAAAGAAAAAAGAAAAUAAUCAGAAGAAGAAAAAGAAAGGAGAGGAGGAAGGAGAGGGAGAAGAAAACGAGGAAAGUGAAAGAAGUGUUUUGUUAGCAUCUCCGGAAAGUUCUGAUACUGUUUUAUAA